AUGCUAUGCUUAUGGUUGAUUGCUGCAGGAUACCAGCUGGCUCAGAAUGCCGCCGAUCUGCUGUCGUUCACUACUGAAAGCUCCGUGGAGUCGAUUCUGGACGAACUGGACCAGCAGGCUGACGGUAUUCAAUAUGGCCAGAGGCUGUGGAAUGGGCCUUUCCAUGUGUUUCGGUAUACUAACGAGAUGUCACCAUCCAUCCAACUCGAUUCCCUGUCGGACGUCUUCGCUUCUGAGUUCUGGGACCCAUUAUUGCCCGAUGUAGGCCAUGGGCUAGAUGACAACAGCUCGCUUCAACUUAUCGAAACGCCAGGGCUUCUUUCACUAGGCGAUGUGGAAUUGCAAGCUGGUUCACAGACUAUGGACGUGCUAGAUCCGCUCUCUCCUCCAUCACCUGCAGUUGCACUGGAGACUUCAUCAAUACCAACCCCCAGAAUCUUUUCAUCCUCGCAGGACUGUCCAUCCGACCUGGUAGAUUUCACCAUGUCAACGGCCCAGCAACUUCUGGACCAUUACCGACAUACCCUGGUGCCCUUUUUUACUCCAGCUCGGGUCGAGUCCCAGUCCCCGUGGGAGGCGGUUUACAUACCUAGCGUCUUCAGCACGGUGGGCGAGAUCAUGCUAGCGGGGGACAGCGGUAAUGCGAAAGUCUCCCUUCUAUUUGCGAUCUUCGCUAUCAGUGCUUUUAGUCUGGAUGGAUUAUCUUCUUCUACAGAUGAGCCGGUGUGUCAGGACUGGCAUGCGCUUGGUGAGCUCUACCGUGGCAGGGCUACGAAGCGAUUGAAACGGUCCUUACAGGACUUGUCUGUCAAUCAACCUAAGAAGGAGAAGUAUAAGGAUAUCCUCAUGGCGCUGUUGAGUAUGGUGACGAUUUGUGUUGUGAGUGGAAAGAUGAAAAAUGCAGCACACUACCUGUGGGAUAUUGAAAAGAUCAUCAGCCUGCACGGCGUGAAGAAGGUAACUCGAUCAUCCAAAGUGCGUAUGUUGCACAGCAUCUACCUCUACCUCCGCGUGUUGACAGAGCGUACCUGCAUCGACGAUCAACCGUCGAGGUCAGAUGCCAUAGAGGAAUCCAGAGGUCUCCCAAUAUAUUCAUCUUCAUCUACACAGCUUUCAAGCUGGGAUCAGCUGCUUGGACCAUGCUCACCUCCCCCAAGUGCAAAUGGCUUGGAUUCCUACGGGAUUCUGCACCAUGUCCCCUGCAAGUCGGCAUUCGAGGAGAUAUAUUCGGUUCCUCAGUCGCUAUUCAAGCUCAUUCUUGAAACGACACAAAUGGCUGGCGAAGUGGACCAAUUGCAAAGUCUCGGCAGAUCAAAGACGACCGACUACGAUGCAUUCGCUGCGAAAAUCAAGGACUUGGAAAGCAACAUCUGCAAUUGGGAAUACCAUACGACACGACAUAAUCUAGGAUACCCUCUCUCCGAGCAGUUUCCGUUUCACCUAGUUCAAGCAGUGCAGAAGGCCCUCCUUAUCUACUUCUAUCGCUGUGUAAGAGACGUCAAUGCUGCGAUUUUGCAACAAUACGUCCAGCAGACGAUAUACCAUCUUCUUGAAUAUGACAAACAAAAGGAGAGAUACGGGGAUCAGUCAUCGAAUACUUGCUGGCCGGGAUUCAUUGCAGGAUGCGAAGCGCUGGAGCCUCGAUUAAGAGAGCAGAUUGCCAGAUGGCUUGAACGUUCCGGUCAGUCGACUGGUAUUCGCAUGUAUACUGUGGCUCUGGAGGCUGUUCAGAAGGUCUGGCAAGCUCGAAGCUCUCCCGGCAUGCAGAGCGCUCCCUGGACCCAAGUACUGGAGAAAUACAGCGAUCUACGAGUAUUGGUACUGAGUUGAC